CCUUUUCCCUUGUCCACAGCACCAAAAACAAAAACAAAAAAAAUCCAAAAAAAAAAUAAAAGUCCACCAUUUCACACCUUUAAACCCAAAGCUCAACUCCCAAACCCCAACCUCCCCAACAAAAAAAGGCCAAAAACAGGAGAAAAAGAUAUGGGCAUAGUAGAAGAAGCUCAUAAUGUCAAAAUCAUAGGCGCAGGAGAGCAGGUUUUAGUUCUCGCUCAUGGAUUUGGCACCGAUCAAUCUGUUUGGAAACACCUUGUUCCUCAUCUUCUCGACGAUUUCAAAGUCAUUUUGUAUGAUAAUAUGGGUGCUGGUACUACAAAUCCAGAUUACUUUGAUUUUGAUCGGUAUUCAACUCUCGAAGGCUAUGCUUAUGAUUUGCUAGCGAUUUUAGAGGAAUUACAAGUUGAAUCGUGUAUUUUUGUCGGUCAUUCUGUUUCUGCAAUGAUUGGCGCUAUUGCUUCCAUUAGCCGCCCUGAUCUCUUCUCCAAACUCGUAAUGAUCUCUGGUUCUCCAAGGUAUUUGAAUGAUGUGGAUUACUAUGGAGGAUUUGAGCAAGAAGAUCUAAACCAACUAUUUGAAGCAAUGGAAUCCAAUUACAAGGCGUGGUGUUCAGGGUUUGCUCCGCUGGCCGUUGGCGGUGACAUGGACUCAGUUGCCGUCCAAGAAUUUAGCCGCACUCUCUUCAAUAUGAGACCAGAUAUAGCUCUAAGUGUAGCACGAACCAUAUUCCAGAGUGACAUGAGGCAGAUUCUGCACUUGAUCACGGUGCCUUGUCACAUUGUCCAAAGUGGCAAGGACUUGGCUGUGCCGGUGGUUGUGUCGGAGUAUUUGCAUCAAAAUCUUGGCUCUGAAUCUAUAGUUGAAGUUAUGUCGUCCGACGGUCAUUUACCCCAAUUGAGCUCACCGGAUAUUGUAAUUCCGGUGCUUCUUAGGCAUAUUCGUUAUGAUAUUGCUGCCUAAUCUUUAAAAUGCACAUUUGGUAUUUUAAUAUUUAUAAUGUGCAAUCAUUGUUUCUUUUUUUUGACAUUUGUGCAAUCAUUGUUUCUUGUUUAGCCUGGUAAUUUCUCGUUAAUAAAACUGUGUAAAUCGUUAAUUAGGAUUUUAUAUAAAAAAGUUGGAAAAUUA